GGCAGAUCAUUUGCUUUGAUUUAUGAUUUGAAUUGAUUGCUUAUGGUAUCUUCACACGCCUGUGAUUCAUUUUCGAUUUUCUACCGAUUGUUGUGGGUUUAUUGGAUUUAUCUGAAUAAGCUGUUGGCGUGGGUGUAGUGUAGUGAUGUAUGCUCCUAUUACUCCGCAUCAUGUAUCUGAAAGUGGAGCGUGUCGCUGGAAAGAACGGCGUCCUAAUGAAGCGUUCCUUCAUUAGGAUGGUAUGGCAGUGUGUUGUGUCAUUGCAGAUGUGGUUUCAUGUGUGUAUUUCUGAGGGAUAUUGUGUUUCCACUGCUCUUAUGCAAGGAAUAUACUCAUUUUGUUCUGAUGAUAGUGUCAGUUCAUGCAGACGUGAUUCCCAAUUUUGAAAACCACUUGUGAUCAUCCUCCAAUCCUCUGUGGAAUCGCUUUCAGAGUGAUUGCUUUUAAUAUCCGUUUGCAUCAGUAUUUGAUUUCUUGGAUGUAGUGGUGGAUGAUUACUGCUUGUUGGCCAUGGAAAAUACUUGAAAAAGUGCAAGUUCAAGGUCUAUGGGGACUAGCUUUCUGACAUCAGAGAUCUUAUAAUCUAUUAUUUUAUUAGAAUGAUGCAGCCUUGAUGAGUAAAUGGUCAAAGACUGAUACGCGAAGACUCUCCUACUGAAGGUUAAGGACAUUUUGCUGUCGAGGAAUAAUAGAUAAAGACUUUUCUAGUGAAGGUCAAGGACAUUUCAAGGUCAAGGACUGAUAGACAAAGACUUAAAACUGGAGGUCAAUUGAGGACAAUAGAUCAUUUAGACUAAUAUGGCUAAGAGAUUUCCAGACAAAUAAUCAGACUUUGAAAGAACAACGUUUAAAGGUCAAGGUCAUUGUAGAAACUUAGAAGGACAGCAGGUCAAGGUCAAAUGGUAAAACAGCCUUCUACCUUGUCGUCUUCUCAUGUGUACCAGAACAUGGAGGGCGAAAUCAUUAAAAAUGGUUUCAACGAAGUUCUGAGCGGAAAGGAAACUGAAAGUAGUUUUAUCGAAGAUCAGGAGUUUGCAAUUCUACACGACUUUGGGUUCUGUCUCUGGAGCCCUGGGUUCAUCGAAAACGUGGUUGGUGGUUUUAUGGAAAAUCCUGAUCGGCCUGCAAUUAGAAGGUCAGAUGGUAUAUCGGUUAGCCAGGUGUCUGGCGGCGAGAUGUUAAUAAACGAUCAGCGGGAAUCGGAUCUGCAGGUGAAUCGUAGGGGUGCCGAUGGUGUCGGUGAACUCGGACCGUUUAUUGGCGGGAUUAUUGAGGAGUGUAUGGGAAGAGUGAUGGAACAUGUUUGCCAUUCUAACAACUGGGAGUGUUCGAUACAUCAUUGCAGAGAUUCUGAUCCUGGGAUUAUAGUUCAAUCUCGGGUCGGCAGGACUAACAGUGAGGAUGAUACAACUCAUGAGCACAUGGUUGGGAAGGCUGGGAGUAAAUCGGAACGCGGUGAUGAUCCACUUGUCCCGUUACUCUCACUGCAUAAGAGAUCAUUGAAAACUCUUGACGAAUUUGAUAGGAAUAAAAACUCUCAUAUUGCGGCUAUAAAUAUGGAUGGAUCUUGUUGUGAAUCAGGUUGUCCUGGUCAUCAGAACUUGUCUGGCGAUCAUCAGGAAUCGGAUCCAGAUACACAGCUUCCAUCUCUCAAAAUUACAAACUUUGAUUCGAAAUCGGAGCAUCUCACCUCAGCAUCAGAAGUUGCAGGUGAUUUUCAUUUUUGCUGUGUGAACUCACAUGAACGAAAUGGGAUAAUAGUUCCUGAGUCAAAUGGGAACAGGGAAAGGCUAAGUGAGUGCUCGGCACAGUGCACUUGCCAUAUCAAAUCUUACGGAGGGAAGGAAGAUUUCGAUUUGGGGCAAAAAUGCACCAAUAGUGGGGUAGGUGGAGCGUGCAUACCCCGGUCUGAGUUCGUUGAAAAUGGCCCUGUGCAGCUCGAUGAAAACUUAAUUCAGAAAGAGGCUUCUUUGGAUAACAGUGCAAAGAUCUGUACCAACGAUGUCAAUAACCGUAAUGGGGGAGGUAUUCCGGAGUUGGUCAUGAAGAAUGGUCUUGUUUGUGCGCAAGUGGAGAAAUCAAAUAGUGCGUCACCACAGUCGGUUGAGGAUGCUACAGAUCUGAUUUGGGACUCGGAUUAUGAUGUGAUUAAGGACUUUAACGAGUGUUUGCUUGAAGCCGAGAGAUAUCCUGAAGCUGAAUUUUGUGAGUGUCUUUCUGAAGACGAGAUGGCACGGAAGAAUCUUGGUUCUCGUCUGCCGAGUAUCAUGGAGACGUCGGAUGAAAGUUUGGCGGGGGCCGAGCCGGAACUGGAAGAGACAGAGGGCGUUGAUGUGUUUGAUGGUACUGUCAUUCCAGUGGAACAUGUUGCAGAUGAGGAGGGUGUUAGUGGUUGCAUUUGCCACAGCACUGUUGCAAAAAAUGAUGAGUAUCAUUCCAGACAUUCUCUAAGUCUAGCCGCAGAAACUCUUGAUAUCGCCGUCCAUUCUGUCGAGGAAACCGCCCGUGAUCUUGCUUCGAGUUUUUCAUAUCUUGAAGUUCCUGCCCGUUCCAGUUGUGAUAACACAGACUCAAAACAAGACGAUGCCUCAAAACAAUCAACAUUCGUCCCGAAACUCAUUUUGGAAGAAUCAGGCGAAGCCUCGCCUCAAAACUCAGACUCUUCAGGAAUUUCGCCGCGUGAUUUAGAAAUUCUACAAAGCCGGACCAAACAACUUCUUAACGGACAUUCAAGUGCGCCAGUCACCAUGUCUGUGGAAAUCAGUCAGGUUCUAGACCGCGCCAAUGUAAGUGACAGUGCUGAACCAAGCCCUGCCACAACGCAGGAUUCGGGUUUCGACUUUCGACAGAAAUCUCGGGAUUUAUUAUUCUCCGAGUCAGGAUCGGAAAGUUUGGAGAGGUCAAGUUACUACUCCUGCGAUGAUGGUGGCGAAGAAUGGAAGCCGACUAUUCCUUCCCCUGGAGAGAAAUUUGAGAAAAGUCUUUUGCACGCUAUCCAAUCCUUAGACAGCCUCAAUGAACAAAUCGUCCAGUUCAUCUUCUCGCCUGCAAAGUCUGUGGAGUUCAACAUCGACAAUGAGUUCUCCCCGAAAGAUCGGGAGGCCCUCAAGUCAUCCAUGGCGAUUAUGAGACGACUCCUGGUGGAUGCACAAGUCAAGUUUCGGAAAAUGGUCGAUGACAACCGCCAACUGGCGACGCGUAUUGAUGGGUCGAUUCUAACAGCGAAUCAAGAGAUGCAGGAACUACGACAGGAACUUCAGGACACCAACAAGAGGCUGAAUCAGCUCGGAGUACAAUCCCCCAGCGGAAAGAAUGUCAAACAAGAGUUUCAGAAUGGUAACACAAAGGGACGACGACUCAGUGAGGCCGAGCUAGAAAUCUCCAAGUUACAAAACGACAAUUCCAAACUCGAGCACCAAAUACACAAGCUCAUGACGGAGAUCAAGGAGUUGAAAUGUACUAAGGCGAUCUUGAACGAACAGCCAAGUCUGGGCGAUCUGAAGCUGGAACUUAUCCAGUACCAACAGGAACUAGUCAGGGCGAAGGAAGCACUACAAGCGAUGAAAUCGGAUCGGAAACGAUUGAAAGCGGAAAAGGUCGACCUCCUGAGUCAGAUGAAACAACUCUAUCUGACCCUCGAAGAAAAGGAAGGAGAGCUGCGUGAGUUCAUCCGGAAUUACGAGCUUCGGAUGCGAGAGAGCGAUGAGAGUAUAAAGCAGUUAGCGUUAGAAAAAGACGACGCAGAGCGAGAGAAAUGGGAGGUGCUUAAACGGGCACGGGACGCCGCGGAACGAGUGGUCAUUCUAAAAUCGGAAGUCGAUGAAAAAAAUACAGAGAUACAGCAUCUUGAGGAUGAAUUAGCAGAGGCUAGGGCCCAGAUCCGAGAACUAAAAGACAUUGCUCACAAGCAGAAAACGGCCAGCACGUCAGACACCGGUAUCUCAUCUGGAACGGACGUACAGACCCCCAGCGAAGAGCAGUUACCCACAAUGACGAUGGCGACCUAUUACGAGUCACCUCCACAGUCUGCACGAAGCGUCAAGAGUGAUAUGUGUACGGUCAUAACGAAUCUGAGUACUAGAAUCACCAGCAGUCAUAGUUCAGAAAAUCUUCGUGGCCUUGGCGAGAGGUCAAGGUCAGCCGAAGAUGUUAUGGACGUUUGCGCGGGAACUUUGUCAGGUAGCGGCGAACAUCAAAAGAAGAAGAAAAAGAUGAUGACGGGAUUCAGUUCGUUGUCACGGAUAUUUGGGCGGUCGAGUAAAAGAAAAUCUGUGCUAUAUGGGGAGCACAUGGGUUUGGAAGAUGAAGGUGCCUCACCGCGUGUUUCAACCCUCAACGAAGACAACUAUAAUGAAAAACUCCAGGCUGUCAAUCAGCUCAAGGACUUCCCUCUCCACCAGUGGAAGGCACAUCAUGUCUUAGCCUGGCUGGAGAUCGUCAUGAACAUGCCACGAUACGGGAGGCAGUGUGCAGAGAAUAUCAAAAGUGGCAAGAUUUUAUCGGAAAUGAGCGACUCUGAACUGGAGUCGGCAUUGGGCGUCACUAACUAUCUCCAUCGGAAGAAGUUACGACUUGCAAUAGAUGAUCUCAGAGAUCCAGCACAAGUACGAUAUCCAGACGCGGGUACGAUCGAUCACGUCUGGGUCGCACAAGUCUGGAUGCGAGAUAUCGGACUCCCACAAUACAGUGCGGCGUUCGAGGCCCAUCAUGUCGACGGGCGGGUGCUAAGUACACUCUCCAAGAAAGAAAUGGAACGGUGCAUGCAGAUUACGCGAAAGUUCCACCAGGCCAGCAUUUUAAACGGGGUGGAACUUUUACGGAGAGUUAACUUCAAUCGAGAGGCAUUAUCACAACGACGGUCUCAGUGUGACGCGUUCAACUGCGACCCGCUAGUCUGGACCAAUGAGAGAUUAAUACAAUGGGUGAACAGCAUAGAUUUACAGGAAUAUGCUCCCAAUCUUCUUGAAAGUGGUGUUCACGGUGGCGUACUAGUCCUAGAGCCAUCAUUCAAUGGAGAAACCAUGGCAGCGGCCCUCGCCAUUCCACCAUCAAAGUCCUACAUCCGGCGCCACCUAACAUCGGAGGUGGAAGCACUUUUAAAACCAGCAAGAAUUGCAGCAAAGGUCAAAACGAAGAAAAGAAACAUGAGUGGUUCCCUUGGCAAGUCGUUUGAGCGGUCGUUCAGAGGUCCCGGUGAGAAAGAUGAUGGCAAGAAAAAACUCAGCUUCAGGGGUUCCCUGGGACGUGCAUUUGGCCGGAAAGUGAAACGUGACCUGGCUGUAGGCUUGCCAGAAAUGCAGGAAGAACCCCUGGUCCUGGAGAAACGAUCGCAUAGCCACGAAGCCAUCGGAACAGCUGUCUAAUUUAUGUACUCAUAUUAACCCUGUCAUUGCCAUACCCAGUCUGAAACUUGAUUUGACUUCAAUUUCGAAUGCCUUGUGGUUACAAUACUUCACCUGACAAUCAUUUUGUUUUGUACUUAUUUAGGCAAGUAGCUUUAAAAUGUGUGGUGAAAGGUUCUCUAUGACAAGAUUUUGAAGGAGGGGAUAAAUUAAGGGGAUAAACUAAAUUUUAAGAUCAUGAGAUUGAGUUUCUAUUUGCCAGAGAUACUUUAUAACCACACAUUUCAAAACCUUGCUUUACCCAAACUUACUGUUUUCCCAGUGAUUUUAAAAUUCGUUUUGUUGGUUUUUUUGUGAAUGACCAUUUCCUGUUUCAGUGGCAUGUCUAUUGUUUACCAUUGGUAUUAAUCAUUUUCACUAGUGUGUAUUAAGAUUUAUGCAAAUGAUACAAAAGUGGAUGAUCUUCUCAAAGAGUAAUCGCCACCUAGAAAGUCUGCAUUUAAAUUAGCAAAAAAAUUGUGUACAGUACCAUAUAGUGCAUGAGUAUUGUGGCGCCACAAGGUGGCUUGAUUGUGAAUCAAUUACAUGUGUAGUUGUACUCAAAGUCUAAUAAUUUUUAACUCACCGAGCCAAUUCUAAUGAUAAGUGACGUUAAAAAAGAUCUUUGUAUAAAGUUACGGACUCUUAUGUUGUCUUCAGUUCUUUUUCCGUCCAAAUGAUGGCGUGCUGUAAACAUAUCGAAGCUUUAACGGUGUCAUUGGAUCUGUACUGCCAUGUUGUUCGGUGACGAGUAAACCAUUGUGUACGCUGUUUAUUUCUGAUUUGGUUUUAUUGUGAUUCAUGUUGUCCUUUGUGUCCUUUCCUUCGAGUGAGUUGUUUCCUUUUGUGCACGUAACGUCAUUUUAUUUCUCAUUUUAGCUCACAUGGGUUACAUUGGGGUAGGAUUAGAAUUUUAACAAACAGGGUUAGGCCUGUGUAAAGUUUAAAACUGACCGAUUUUGAUAUUGAACCUUUUGUGGUGCAUUUUGUAUGUAAGGCUGGUAGGUACAAUAUAUUGCCCCUGUGUGCAUAGUGUGGAUACUGCCAUCUGCUUUCGACAUAGGGCUAUAAUUGCACCACUUUACCUUACAUACUCUCAUGACCAGGUUGGAAUGGCGAACAUGAAUUUCAUGACUCCUUCUGAUUAAAGCGUUAAUAUGAAUCUGUCAAUUAUGCUCUAGUUUCGAGUCUCACUCUCUCAGUUUUAGUGGCCCAGUGCAUGAAAUGCAAUCAUGACGAAAGGUAACAUGUCAUCGGUUUUUCCCAGCGCUUGACUUGGUACGGGGUACUGAUUAGCUUGGGCAAAGUUGAUGUUACUCUUUAAGUUCUUGAUCUUCCUGCUCAAAGUUAGCAUAAUUAAGCACUCAAGGAGUCAUCAUGACCUUUGCCCUAAUAUUACGUACGGUAAACAUAAAAUUGCAUUAAUGCACUGGCUAGGAGAAGCACGUAUCAUUAGACUGUAUUUCGCUUAAAGAGCACUCUCUUUACCUACGGGCACUAGCAUGUUUUCAGGGGGGCGGGGGGCAGGGGGAGGGGGGCAUUUACCAACCAGAAAUAAACAGCUGAAGAAUGGUGUGGGUCAUUUGCCCAGCAUUUCAGAUGAGACAGUAUUUAAAAACUGCAUUUUGAAGGUCUUUACAUAAGAUCAGAAUGGUAAUUCAGCAUAAAAUAGUUAUUUUAUGGUUAAGUCAAAACACUGGUAUUUGAGUAUAUCUCGUUUUGGGACAAGCUCUCCAUUUCUCCAAACCAACAUUAAGUGAGAUUUCUUGUGGUACAGUAACGUUGUUUUGGCCCAAUUCUCUUUUAGUGUUUGGCUUUGUAAUCUCUGAACUCUGUCGUCAGUGUGCGCCUGCUUGUAGUUUGAAUGUCUCUGUAUCAUAAAUAGUUCAGUGGUUGGCCAAAUGGUGGUGCUGAUUGUACAUGUCAGACAAAUUAGUCAGUCUUGUGUAGUUGUGAAUAAACCAUAAGCACCAUCGAGUUCAUCAAGCUGUGGAUCACACAUACAUUAUGUCGAUCUAGUAAUUUAUUCUGCCUAAAUUUGAGUUCAGUGGUGUGUUUUCCUUAAAGGUGUUUCCAUGUGACGUUUUAAAAAUGUUGUUGCGAGCAUUAUGGAACUAUAACGAUGCAAGAAAAUGGUUACAAUGUCAUAUCUAAAAUAUUGUUUUGUUGUAAAUAAGAUCAUGCUUUUCACUAAAAUGAGCCUUGACAUUGCAUAUUUAGUUUGUCUUGAAAGCCCAAGCAACAACAUCAGUUAUUUUAGCUACAUCUGUUUCUUGUAACCAACACUUUACCAAGGCAACCAUUGCUGUUGCCAUGGCAACUGUUGUUGUAGCUAUGUAUACGUCAGCUGUUGCUCUGGUAACCUGUUUUGUUAUGCCUAUCAUAUUGUUUAAUGUCUGCAUAACUUUCGAUAUAAUAGCCGAAUCUGUUUAAACACCUCAAACCCUGAUUCAAGUCUAGAUUAUCAUGGUAGGGCGCAUAAGGUUUUCUUCCUUCCAUUAAUUGAAUGGGUCCAGUAAUAUGAAAUACAUAAUCUGUAUAAAUGUCUGCCAUAUAUAUAUUUUAACUUAUUUAUCUUGUCAUCUUUGUAUAUACACCAAUAUGCACUGCACAGUAUGUGGUGGAAGUAACCGCAAGCAAUGUUUUAUUCACCAACAAACUUUCCCCCUGGCGGGUAAGAAUGACUUCUCUUAAAUCUAAUUGAACAUGAUUUCCGUCAUGUUCAGAGUGCAAUAUUACUGUUGUGGGAUGUCAGUGACAGAAAGAGUCGCUUAUGGUGCAAAUUCCCAGAGCAGAAAAUUUUAGUUUAGAACUGAUUAUGAUUGCAGUUUUGUUGGAAGACGUAUUUGUAUCUCAAUAAAUCCUUUAAAUGUAA